AUGACCUCUGCAUCAAAUCCUUCUUUCGUCUUGUCCAUUCUUCACACUUCUUUCGAGUAUCAAAAAAAUUACCAAGCUCAUUCAUUUCGAUUGGUUUCCCUCUCUGAUUUCGUUUAUCUUGCAUGCUCAAUUCUUUCUAAACCUUUCAACUCUUUGUUUUGUAAUUUUCAUAUUUGAUUGAUUUACUAGAGAUGUAUCCUAAUGGUUCUGCUCCUAGAGUAAUGAGUCCUCAAUCCACUCGAGCAAAAAAAUGUCAACAAAUUCAAACUUCAACUAUUACCCGUUGUCCAAGUCCUCUGUGUGUCUCGCCAGUCACCACAAGUUCAGGUCCCGAAUUCAUCGGAGGAGUUGUCGAUUCAUGUGCCACUGGUUGUGAGACGACGACUCCACAAGAUUAUAAAUCAAUACUUCAAGAGAAUCAUGAGGAAUCAACUCUCAAGGGUCCAAGUGAUGACCUCUAUCUACCUUUAUCUACCGCUUCACUUCUUUCUGGAUUUUCUGAUCGCAAGAGUAGACGUAAGAUGGUCAUGCGACCUGUCUCAUGCAACAUGUUUUGGGAUCAAGGGACCCCAAGCGAGGAUUUUAGUGCAGCGGAGGGAAGCAACGCCGUCUGGGAUUCAACUCAUGAUACUUCUCCCGCGAUGAAGUUGGCGUACUUUGAUUCCUUCACAACUCAAUCAGAGACACCCCUCACAACACCUGGUUCCAAUGGGAUCUUAUCUGGUACACAGACUCGACAAGACCCAACGCCAUCUGCACAUUUUCCCUUCCUCGAAGCAAUGAGGUCAAACAGACGCACGGCCCUGCGUCCGACAAUCAUACGGACUGCAAGCUUACCUACUACUCCGAAUUCCCGUCCUAAGACCUCGCGGGGAAUUUUGAACGCAGGGAAAGGAUUCCAAGGUUUGAGUGGAAGUGUGGUGACGGGUAUUGAUCGCCCAGUCGUGGACGAGUCUACCUCUGUGGAUAAUGUUUUUGAACACCUCGAACGUAUCAACGUUCCUAGCGCGACGGAUGUGGUUCGCUUUGGAAAGGCUCUGAACGGAGCUCUAGACUCUUAUUUGGACCGAUUAAGGGAAAUCACAGAAGAGGUUGAAAGACUGGAUGAGAGUUACUGGAGUGAUUCCGAAUCUGAAACAUCGGAUGUCGACGAUUAACGGUUUAUACUCUUCUUUCCUUUGUGUCGUUUAUUCUUCUGAGUGUUUAAUUAUUUUGUUUUUUAUUUUUAUUUUUGAUCUUGAUAUUCUUUUCUGCGAAUUUUCACUUGGGACAAAAUGUAUAAAACAAGCAUAAUGUAUAGAACGAUCAGGCCAGUUUUUUGGCCUGAACAAACUAACUGU